GCCUGUCACAUAAGUGGGCGGUUCAUAUCAGUGUCGGUUGUUGAUGGUGGAGGCUUAGUCGCACAGCUUUUUCAGCGAUGUUUAUCCCUAGUUUACAGGAAGACAUGCACCAUUUUAAACCGAAUCGACACAGGCUCUACACAACGAGAUGCUGUGGUUGUUGCCAUGUCAGGACGGGAACCAUCAUUCUCGGCACAUGGUACAUGGUACGUACAAAUGCCAUGUUCGCCUGGCUUUUUAGAUUGCGCUAGGUAAAGUUAACUAGCUAGUGUUAGCUUCUUUGCGGUAAUGUUGCAGUACCCCCUCGUUGCCACUGUACUGUCGAGUGAAGGCCAUUGUGCUAGCUACCAAAAAGCUAAACCGAAGACAAUCUUUGUCAAGAAAGUCACUUUGAUAUAUGAUGCGUGCCCUACUUUGGCAACGUUAUAUAUGUGGAAUUUGCUAUAUUAGCACUAACGUUAUCGGAUAGCUAGCUAGCUAACUAGUGAUCAACUUUACCUUAGGGACGUUCAGCUCCCCCCGGUGCACAUCGGGUGGUGUUGAAUGUUCUAAAGUUGGCUAACUGUUACCAGCAUGUCAGGUAACAGUAAUGUUAGGGUAAAUCCAUUUUAAUUCAAUCACUUUUUGACCGCAUCCCUUUUGAUUUAAACAAAACUUUCCAUACAUGUUUGCCUAUGGAAGAAGUGGUCAGAAAGGGACAUUACGGACCAUUUAGGAGAUAAAGGUAGGGAAGUCAAACAUUCAUGCUGCUGCACCAGACCGGUCUCAUAGACUAGAUGUAACAUAGUAAACGUAAAUCAGGGACACUGAAAUUAGUAUAAAAUGUUAUGUUUGGUAUAGUUACUUAAAACAAAAGAAGGAUGGGUGGGUGGGCGUAUAACGUGUGUUCGAAUGUCAUCACAGACAAUUUUGCUAAUUAGCAACUUUGCAACUACUUACUAAGAAUGUUAGCAAACCCUUCCCCUAACUCUUUAAUCUAACUCUGAACCUAAACCCCUAACCCUAACCCCUUGUGCUAGCAAACAUUAGCGUUAGCCACCUAGCUAACGUUAACCACAACAAAUUGGAAUUCCUAAUAGAUCAUAGGAUUUGAAAAUUCGUAACAUUGUACUAAUUACAAUUCUUAACAUAUCUUACGAAACGGAUGAUGGACAUCCAAAAAUUAGCAAAUACAAUACGAAAUGUUACAUAUCAUACUAAAUGGAGUGUCUCGUAUUUAUGUACAGAAUAAUACGAAAUGCUCGGAGACCACGUUGGCUGCACACACUAGCCCAAAGGCUUGCAGAUGGCGAUAUUGAGUCGUUUCCAUUUUACCGUCCAAACGCAUUGUAUGCAGACAGAAAUACACUCGUAUCCCCUGUGGACCGGUUCGUACCUAAAACAUUCUCCAUUCAGGCUGCAAAGGUGUACAUUUCCUCCUUAACUAGAUUUAAUGGCGAGAAGGCAGGGGAAAAAACUGGGAAAAUAUGCAUACUUUCUUUAUGAAACACCAUUUUCCACGACCAUUGGUGGCUAAUGCCUAGGAAUGCUAGUCGCGGAUGUUGCGCAUCGCGAUCAGCCAAUCAGGUUGCAGCAGUCUGUUUACCCCUGGCUGAACGCAGGGCGCAACAUCAGGAAGUAGCAUUAGCCACUAGCAUGGUGGUGGGAAAUGGUGUUUCGUAAGAAAGUACGCAUAUUUUCCUGCCUUCUCACAAUUAAAUGCACUUAAAGAGGAAAUCGAUGCCUUUGCAGCCUAAAUGGAGAAUGUUUUAGGUACAAACCGGUCCACGGGGGAUAUGAGUGUAUUGCCGGCUGCAUACAAUGCGUUUGGAUGGUAAGAUGAAACGUCAAUAUCGCCAUCUGCUGGCCUCUCUAAAUCAAAUCAAAUAAAAUGUUAUUGGCCACAUGCGCCGAAUACAACAGGUGUAGACAUUACAGUGAAAUGCUUACUUACAGCCCUUAACCAACAAUGCAUUUAUUUUUUAAUAAAAAUAGUAAAAUAAAAUAACAAAAAAGUGUUGAGAGAAAAAAUAAAUAAUAAUAACAGUAGGGAGGCUAUAUAUACAGGGGGGUACCGGUGCAGAGUCAAUGUACGGGGGCACCGGCUAGUUGAGGUAAUAUGUACAUGUGGGUAGAGUUAAAGUGACUAUGCAUAAAUAAUUAACAGAGUAUCGUAAAAAGAUGGGGUGGGGGGGCAGUGCAAAUAGUUCGGGUAGCCAUGAUUAGCUGUUCAGGAGUCUUAUGGCUUGGGGGUAGAAGCUGUUGAGAAGUCUUUUGGACGUAGACUUGGUACUCAGCUACCGCUUGCCGUGCGGUAGCAGAGAGAACAGUCUAUGACUAGGGUGGCUGGAGUCUUUGACAAUUUUGAGGGCCUUCCUCUGACACCGCCUGGUAUAGAGGUCCUGGAUGGCAGGAAGCUUGGCCCCAGUGAUGUACUGGGCCGUACGCACUACCCUCUGUAGUGCCUUGCGGUCGGAGGCCGAACAGUUGCCAUACCAGGCGGUGAUGCAACCAGACAGGAUGCUCUCGAUGGUGCAGCUGUAUAAUAUUUUGAGGAUCUGAGGACCCAUGCCAAAUCUUUUCAGUCUCCUGAGGGGGAAUAGGCUUUGUCGUGCCCUCUUCACGACUGUCUUGGUGUGUUUGGACCAGGAUAGUUCGUUGGUGAUGUGGACACCAAGGAACUUGAAGCUCUCAACCUGUUCCACUACAGCCCCGUCGAUGAGAAUGGGGGCGUGCUCAGUCCUCUUUUUUUCCUGUAGUCCACAAUCAUCUCCUUUGUCUUGGUCACGUUGAGGGAGAGGUUGUUAUCCUGGCACCACACGGCCAGGUCUCUGACCUCCUCCCUAUAGGCUGUCUCAUCGUUGUCGGUGAUCAGGCCUACCACUGUUGUGUCGUCGGCAAACUUAAUGAUGGUGUUGGAAUCGUGCCUGGCCAUGCAGUCAUGAGUGAACAGGGAGUACAGGAGGGGACUGAGCACGCACCCCUGAGGGGUCCCCGUGUUGAGGAUCAGUGUGGCAGAUGUGUUGUUACCUACCCUUACCACCUGGGUGCGGCCCGUCAGGAAGUCCAGGAUCCAGUUGCAGAGGGAGGUGUUAAGUCCCAGGAUCCUUAGCUUAGUGAUGAGCUUUGAGGGCACUAUGGUGUUGAAUGCUGAGCUGUAGUCGAUGAAUAGCAUUCUCAGUAGGUGUUCCUCUUGUCCAGGUGGGAAAGGGCAGUGUGGAGUGCAAUAGAGAUUUGCAUCAUCUGUGGAUCUGUUGGGGCGGUAUGCAAAUUGGAGUGGGUCUAGGGUUUCUGGGAUAAUGGUGUUGAUGUGAGCCAUGACCAGCCUUUCAAAGCACUUCAUGGCGACAGACGUCAGUGCUACGGGUCGGUAGUCAUUUAGGCAGGUUAUCUUAGUGUCCUUGGGCACGGGGACUAUGGUGGUCUGCUUGAAACAUGUUGGUAUUACAGACUCAGUCAGGGACAUGUUGAAAAUGUCAGUGAAGACACUUGCCAGUUGGUCAGCACAUGCUCGGAGUACACGUCCUGGUAAUCCGUCUGGCCCUGCUGCCUUGUGAAUGUUGACCUGCUUAAAAGUCUUACUCACAUUGGCUAUGGAGAGCGUGAUCACAUAGUCAUCCGGAACAGCUGGUGCUCUCAUGCAUGCUUCAGUGUUGCUUGCCUCGAAGCAAGCAUAGAAGUGGUUUUGCUCGUCUGGAUGUCUUGUGUCACUGGGCAGCUCGCGGCUGUGCUUCCCUUUGUAGUCUGUAAUAGUUUUCAAGCCCUGCCACAUCCGACGAGCGUCAGAGCCGGUGUAGUACGAUUCAAUCUUAGUCCUGUACUGACUCUUUGCAUGUUUGAUGGUUCGUCGGAGGGCAUAGCGGGAUUUCUUAUAAGCGUCCGGGUUAGAGUCCCGCUCCUUGAAAGCGGCAGCUCUACCCUUUAGCUCAGUGCGGAUGUUGCCUGUAAUCCAAGGCUUCUGGUUGGUGUAUGUACGUACGAUCACUGUGGGGACGACGUCAUCGAUGCACUUAUUGAUGAAGCCAGUGACUGAUGAGGUGUACUCCUCAAUGCUAUCUGAAGAAUCCCGGAACAUGUUCCAGUCUGUGCUAGCAAAACAGUCCUGUAGCUUAGCAUCUGCGUCAUCUGACUACAUUUUUAUUAACCGAGUCACUGGUGCUUCCUGCUUUAGUUUUUGCUUAUAAGCAGGAAUCGGGAGGAUAGAGUUAUGGUCAGAUUUGCCAAAUGGAGGGCGAGGAAGAGCUUUGUAUGCGUCUCUGUGUGUGGAGUAAAGGUCGUCUAGAGUUUUUUUUUUUCCUCUGGUUGCACAUUUAACAUGCUGGUAGAACUGAUUUAAGUUUCCCUGCAUUAAAGUCCCCGGCCACUAGGAGCGCUGCCUCUGGAUGAGUGUUUUCCUGUUCACUUAUGGCCUUAUACAGCUCAUUCAGUGCAAUCUUAAUGCCAGCAUUGGUUUGUGGUGGUAAAUGGACAGCUAUGAAAAAUAUAGAUGAAAACUCUCUUGGUAAAUAGUGUGGUCUACAGAUUAUCAUAAGAUACUCUACCUCAGGCGAGCAAAACCUCGAGACUUCCUUAGUAUUUGAUUUUGUGCACCAGCUGUUGUUUACAAAUAUGCACAGACCGCCACCCCUUGUCUUACCGGAGUCAGCCGUUCUAUCCUGCCAAUGUACAGUGAGAGGAAAAAAGUAUUUGAUCCCCUGCUGACAAAGAAAUUAUCAGUCUAUAAUUUUAAUGGUAGGUUAAUUUGAACAGUGAGAGACAGAAUAACAACAAAAAAAUCCAGACAAAUGCAUGUCAAAAAUGUUAUAAAUUGAUUUGCAUUUUAAUGAGGGAAAUAAGUGUUUGACCCCCUCUCAAUCAGAAAGAUUUCUGGCUCCCAGGUGUCUUUUAUACAGGUAACGAGCUGAGAUAAUAUAUCAUAUUGAAAUACAUUUCAUGUUCAAUCAAUCGAUUUCUAUUUAGCUACUUGUAGGCUACGGUCUGUAAUUUCUCAAUAUAUUGCAUGAUGAGUAGCCUAACGUGCGCAAUUAUGUGCCGAAUCUGUGAUUUAGUGAAUUUUUAUUGGGUAGGCAUUCGAAUAAGCCGCCUCAAUAUUUGCAGUGGUAGGUGGUAAUAGGAGCUGAUCCGUCGUCAGUAUUGUGAAAUGACUGUAAUUUUAAACUAAGAUUUGAAUGGAGAAAGCUAAUCUGAGAGCAGUGCUCCCUUUCUUUCGAUAUUAUCAGUAUCAACAGUAGGGGUGUGCCAACAUGACCAUACUCGUAAUCAUAUCCGUAAAUGACAGUUGAUAAUCGGAUGACAUUCGUGAUUGUAAAAAACUGAAGUGUUUUAAUAUGCCUAAGUAGAUGUUGGCAAAAUACCUCCCUCCACAUUCUCACUGCAAAAAAACCUGCAGAUUAGGAGCAGUGUGCAAAGGGGGGUGUGUGUGUCCUCAAUUUGCAGCUUGUCCUCAGUUUGCAGCGGGUGAGAAACUGACAUGCAGCCCUUCUCUUUACUGACAGCCAAACUAGCCAGUUGCGCUAUUUAGACCACGUAGAACCUUGCACAUGACUGACUGAAAUGAGAAAGAUGCGUGCUGGCACCCGAAAAGUACAAACAGAUCUAGGACCAGGCUAUGUAUUCAAGGACAUAGUGUAACAAUGCCUUUCUCUCUCUCCAGGUGGUGAACCUGUUGAUGGGCAUCCUGCUGACUGUGGCCGUGACCCACCCAGAUAAUGUGCCCACUGUCGACUUGCAGUAUGAGGUCAUUGAGCACUACUUUAGCCACACCUUCCAAGGAGAGGGGAAUGUCCUAAAGGGUUAGUUUAUCUAAUCUUCAUGUGUGGCUCAUGUUCAACUUGAGUUGUCUAUGAAAGCCAGUAGUGACCGCAUCCACAAUAAUCGCUACAGGCAGUAGCUGGCAUGAUUUAGCAUCGUCCCCCGACUAUUAUAAUAUUUGUUAACAUUUCCCAUAUACUGGUACCUCAUGGCUGUCCCGCACUCACUCAUACACACACACAGACGUGACGUAAAUGUAGACAGGGCAAUCCCCUUCUCAUUCAUCAUUGCUAACUAUCACCAAAUGCCUGCUUCUUUAACCUAUUUAGCCCAAUACGGACUGUUUUAGCUAGAGCUCUUAUCUUGUCGCAGGCCCAAACCUUGUAAAACCAGGGAUUUAAUACAUAACCCGGAGCUGGACAGAGCUGGGCCCGGUUACCCAAAAGCAUCUUAAGGCUAAGUUCAUCAUUUAUAACCUUUGUAGGAGCAUCUUUAAAUCACAGAGCUGUUUCUCAAAACCUUAGUUAUUAACGGUGCACUUGAAAACGCUCGUAGUCUAACGCCUGCCUUAGACUACUCGUAGAACAGCUAAGUGCGUUGCUAGAUUAUUAUUUUUUUGCCCUCCCGCGUCGCUUUAUACACAGAUCUCUGCUAAACAUAGAAUCACAUGGUUUAUCAGUCUCUCUGUGAACGCUGAUUACUUCAGAACAAAGUUUACUACAAAUACGAAGUUGCCAAUGUCUUUGCAGUUGACACAAACAAGCUACAUAUAAAUGGAUGCUUUAAAUGAAAACAGAGAUGAUGGCAUUACAAUAUAAACAGUAGGCUAUAGGCCUAUUUCAAUUAUUGAAAUACAUUUAAUGUUAAAUAAAUUAAGUUCUAUUUUGAUACUUUUAGACUUCUGUUUGUAAUUUGUCUCAAUAUAUUUCAUGAUGUGUAACCUAACAUGUGCACAAUGAUGUGCCAAAUCGGUGAUUUAGUGCAUUUGUAUUGGGUAAGCAUUAGAAUAAGUCGCCUCAAUAUUUGCAGCCGUAGGAGCUGAUCCGUUGUCAGUAUUGUGAAAUAAUUCUCAUUUUAAGGUACGAUUUGAAUGGACAAAGCUGAUCCGAGAGCAGUGCGCCCUUUCUUUCGAUCCUAUCAGUAUCGACACAUGCUUCAACGAUGCACUUAACGACCGUUCUGCGUGGCGUUUUGGGAAACGCAUCUUCGGCCAAUGUAGGAGAGAUGCAUUGUUAAAACACUCCUAAGCCUAAAUUCUAUCGCUAUCGGGAAACCGGGCCCAGUGCUGUGCACUCUGUGGUUGGCUGGCUGUUUUGGUGUUUAGUUGGCUCGGUCACAGGGAAGGGGGGUUGGUGCGCUAUGUAAAUCCUAGCUUUGAUACAAUGUCAGCAUUCAGCGGACUGAUUGGGCUGUUAUCAAAGCCUGGCACUGCUGUGGCUCCAUCAGUGCCAGUUCUAGUCGGCCUCUUCCCACUUAGUUACCAUGUUUAAGAAGGAGAUUGUGAGCCAGAGUUUGGCGUCUACUCAUCCGAUUUCACCCUGCAGUAGUGGUUCAAAAUCCCCGGUCCAACACUUUCAAUGCUGUCCAUCCCUUUCAAUGUUUCCCACCUACUGUCUAAAUAAAGUCCACAAAAUAAAAGUAUAUUGUUUACAGACAAAAUAUGAGGGACUGAACCUCAUGAGGGACUAAACCGCUGUGACCUACAUUCUGAUAUUUUAGUGAUAUCAAAGUAGAAGGUGUGGAAGAAGAGGGCCCUCUUCGAAUACCUGAGAAAUCAACGGCUUCCUGCACAGCUUAAGAGUGACUGUCUGAAUAAUAAAGCGGGAGAGCCUUGGGACUGAACCACACAUGCCUCUCCUCAAUCACUUAAUCAUUCCCCAGCCUAGCACGAGGCCAUGAGCGGUCAGAAGCAGACGGCAGGCCUAUUCAUUAGCCUAGCGUAGCUUGCGUUGUCGUCUUCACUGAUUACCGAGUGCCUGAGCGGGAGAAACUAAGGGCUCCCCAAAGCAAGCUAAUGCUAAAAGAGAGCGAGUUGAAAGGCAACCACGCAGCCCCGGAGAUGCUCCAGUUACACACAAAUCAAUUAGGCCUCAGUAGUAGUGCUCUCACUCGACAGUUAUAUGAAUGCACUCUGUGUGGCCCUACCGUGGGAUGCAAGUGGCUCAGACCGGGCGGUCAUGUUGGCCCGAAACAACUGAUGCAGAAUAACACUAUUAAAUUAAAGAUAAUUCAACAUUUGGGCUCAUGUUUUUGAGAUUAGAUUUUUCUCCCAAAAGCCUCUGACUGACAUUAUUUUCCAAGACUUAGACCAAGUUUUUGGGUUUGUACUUCAAUACAAAAGUAUUUUACCCUAUUGAAUGUCUUUGUCUAUCUGUGUGCUUAUAGAGAAUGCCUGUGUGGGAUUCGCCAUCUCUCUGCUGAUGCUCACUAUCAGCGCCAUGAUGGUCUAUGGAGCCAUUACUGUAAGUGUCUAUCCUUCUGAUUUGUUUGUCUGUGUUAGCGUGUUUUCAUCCACAUCCUGUCCACAAUGGAAUUUACGACAAUUACACAUUCUUGAGUCACUCCUCAACAUAUUUGCUCAGGGGUGGGAAAAUAACCCCCCUGCAUAAUCUUUCAUCCUGACUACUCUCUUGGUUUGUUAUGCAAAUGUGUGCUCCUAAAUACACAUGCAUGAAAGCCUUGCUUUCCUACUUUUGGUCGCGGCUAUUCUAAACCUUGAAUACAAAUUAAAUUAACGUGUAAAAGCAGGCUGACGACAAAUACCCCUGGAGGAGUGGGUAAAAUAGGAGGUUGAAAAUAUAUUGUUAUCAUUGAACCUCAACCAUUAUGAAAGAAAGCGGACUGAAACAGGGAGGAACUGCCUGGAGUUGUCUAAUAAGAAACACUCAUUUUGAGUUUUCCGUUGCAAAAUGUUUUAAAACGAUAUGUGCCCUAAUGAACACAACUCGGGUGGCAGUCCCUUGUUAGGUCCUGGUGUCUGAAAGGACCAUUUCUAAUGUAUUUAAUGCUUUUUCAGCAAUGGACAUUGACCAAUAACAGACUCACUGCAUGCAAACUCCUUGCUUGUGCAUUCAACUGGCCCCACCAGGGCAAGCAGAAUGUUUGCUACACAACGUUGCUCUAACGAUAUCGUGUUUACCUCACCAGGUUCUGUCUGAUGGGCAUCCACACUGACAGGUUUGAUGGCUAUGUGACGUGGACCCGACUAGAUCUGCUAGUUUAAAUGGCGAUUCACAGCUAACGCAUGACGUCUCGUCGAGGUUCUGCGUAAGCAGUCUUUUUAAGUGUGAGCGACGAGCAUUAUGCCUUAGCUGUGACUACAAGCUAUUAGGUUACCCUUGUUGAUGCCCUGUAUUCAGUGUUCACUGUGACAGAGUAGUUCCAUUGCUGUCGGUAGCCUCCCCUGCUAAAUACCCAGUCAUGAUGACCUAAGCACAGACGUGCAGUGCCUUCAGAAAGAAUUCACACCCCUUUUACUUUUUCCACAUUUUAUUGUGUUAUAGCCUGAAUUUUAAAAAGGAUUAAAUUGAGAUUGUGUGUCACUGGCCUACACACAAUACCCAUAAUGUCAAAGUGGAAUCAUGUUUUCAGAAAUGUUUUAACAAGUCACAUAAGUUGCAUGGAUUCAUUCUGUGUGCAAUAAUGGUGUUUAACAUGAUUUUUGAAUGACUACCUCAUCUCUGUAAGGUCCCUCAGUUGAGUAGUUAAUUUCAAAGACAGGUUCAACCACAGACCUGGGACGUUUUCCAAUGCCUUGCAAAGAAGCACCUAUUGGUAAAUGUGUAAAUAAAUUAAAAAAGCAGACAUUGAAUAUCCCUUUGAGCAUGGUGAAGCUAUUAAUUAGACUUUGGAUGGAUCAACAACAUUGUAGUUAGUCCACAUUAUUAACCGAAGUGACAGAGUGAAAAGAAGGAAGCCUGUACAGGAUACAAAAUAUUCCAAAACAUGCAUCAUGUUUGUAAGGUACUAAAGUAAUACUGAAUAAAAUAUGGCAAAGAAAUUAACAUUAUGUCCUGAAUACUGUUACGUUCCCCAGCAAGAAAACAAAAUGUUGCUCAAAUAGAAGGGGGAACUAACAAAUAGUCACGGACAACAACCAGGAGUGGUUCUAAUAGACACUCAUGAGGGUGUCCACUGAAAGUUGCAUAGCAACAACAACUGGGACCUAAAAGACGCCCACUAAAUUUGCCAACUAAGAGGCAAACAAAAGAAAAAUCCACACCAAACUUAAAGACAGGAAGUGGACCAAAAAGUUUAGCAAAAUGAAAAACAGGGAAGAUCAGACAAAGGAAUGUUUUUCUAGAAAUCAAAUGGGGAUAGCCAACUAAAGGUGUUGACCCUCCACAUCUCUCAAGGCAACUGGAUCACUGGGCCAGCACAGGGGAAACACCUUCGGACUAACGAGGUGACACCAAUCGGUGCGCCCUAUGUGCUAACGUGUUAAAAGUCCAACCUCAAAACAUAAAUGGGAAAACCAAAACCUGUAACAAUACCAAAAAAUCUAUUUAACCCAUUUUUAAUUCAGGCUUUAACACAAUAAAUGUGGAAUAAGUCAAGGGGUGUGAAUACUUUCUGAAGGCACUGUACAUAGAAACCUUUUUGAUUUUGUGACAUCCUCAACAUUGCUUAGUACCCAACAUUUAGAUUAGGCUUUUGCUAGGGCUACAUAUGCCCCUUGCUUGACAAACCACCUGACGAACUCUAGUGAAAUGGCCAUCCCUUUCACACAUUUGUUUAGUAAUGUGUGUGGUUUUCCCUUCCUCCCCCCGUAGCAUCGUGACGGCUGGCUUAUCCCGUUCUUUUGCUACCAGCUCUUUGACUUUGCUCUGAGUUGCCUGGUAGCCAUCAGCUCACUCACCUACCUGCCCAGGAUAAAGGACUACAUAAAGGAGCUGGUGAGUCAGUCUAGUCCACCACCACUGCCUGUCAGCUAGUCUCACAAAUCAGGAUUAUGAAGUUAACCAGAAGUUUUGUUGUGAAUGUUUUAUUCUUAACAAUUAAUAACGGGAACAAUUUAUAUUAUAUGAUAACCAGCGGACUUUAUUGUGAUACAACAACAAAAAUCUGCUAUAAACCAGUUAACUUAAAUAAACAUCCAGUUUCCUGGUUAAAGCACAAUCAAGUGGUGAGGAGGAGCUCCGCGGACCCUUACACUUAAGCUCCACUAUAAGCGAUGCGUUGCUUUACCAUCAGCGUUGUCAAUGUGACGUUCUACCUGCUACACAGAGCACAUUGUUUUGAGAGUGAAUGAGCAGAGUGGAAGAGCAUCUUUAUAAAAAAAUGUACUGUACUGUAACAUAUUUAUCUAUUAUAUGUAAGUACAAUGGCUUUGGUCCAGUUUUCCGCAAGUACUCUUAAAUUGUUUCUAGUGGUUGUAUUAAAUAUCCUCUAAUUACACAUGUUGCUUUUGUUUACAUUGUGAACAUAGCAGAAACUCUAGCUAGCUACAUUGACUAACUAGUAGCUUCUUGACAUCAUAAAUCUUAGUAAAAUAGCCAGUGGUGUCUAGUGGGGGCCGUUAUGCAACCAAAAUCUACUUUAUUUCAAUUCACAAGAUAGAAUGAACGUGCGUCAGCAGUCAAAAUUGGAACCUCAGUGAUUCUGGAGCUUGGAAGCUGCCGUUGGAUGUGACGCAACGCGAGCAGUAUAGCAGCUUUUAUUAAUUUCAAAGGAAGCAUUCCAUCAAAGCCUGAUGUCUGACGGCUGUAGUGUAGCAGGGCUGUUAGUGUCCGGAAGUAAUUUAGCCAUUCAUUGUAGUCAUUGCGAUCUCUAGAGUUGCUGUUUUCUCGUGUCAAUUAACUCGUGACAUUCCUGGAUUACUCAUUAUAUUAAUAAAGCCAUAUUUAAUCAACAAAUACGAUAGUCAGUUGAAAAAAGGUUAAGGAUACAAGAUCGUGUACAUAUCUGGCUGUGUUGGCAAAAUCAGUACAUCCCAUCGAGCCAAGCGGGAAGAGGCUGCCUGUUGUCACAGUUUCAAGACCAGUCAGAUAUGUCCAGCUAACCUUACACUAAUGACGCCGUUGGAUCUCAAAACUGAACUUGGAUCCGCAUUAAGUAGCAAUGAUAUCCUUCGCCACUGUCAUCUUACGACAGAUAUCUCAAACCAGUCAUGACUAUUCAACAAAACAAUACAUCAGUUUCAUGUUCUUUCCAGAGUUUGUCUUACUUACUUGAUUGUAUAACUAGCAAAGGAGUUUUGAAGUUGAGAGUGCAGUAUUCAUGAAAUUUGGCAAUGAGGACGAAAACUAGCAUAGUUCAGCUAGUUUAGCCAGGGAAAACGAGCUCGGGCCUUGUGCGCAUGUGCGCCAGCCAGCUGGGCGCACAUGCCCACUAGGCUAAUUCAGGAGACAGAUUGUAGUUUUUAUGCCCUGAUAUCAGGAGAUGGUGGCGAAAAAUUGAUUAAACAAUUGAGACUGAAAUGAAUAAAUCAAAUUACUUAUAUUUAAGGAGUGAAAAUCUAUAUACAGUCCCGAAAUCAGCUGUAACUGCCAAUAGUAAAACAUAGCUUAAAACAAUAUUUGAGUGAACACUAAAUAUACAGAAUAUUAAUGGUGAAUUAGCUUCCUUCUCACAGUUGAUUAAAGCAAAACAUUUAUAUGGGUUGCUGGUUCGAAUUUCGAGUUUAUAUUCAGAGAAAACCGAAGUAAUUUCAGAAUACUUGGGAAAGUUAGCUGGCUAACUCAUUGACCCUGCUCUGUAACAUACCCCCCUAGAGGGUUUAAAUGUGUUCUCACUGUCGUUGUCACCUGGCCUGCCUCUACUGUCUUUACAUUAGACCUGCCGCCAUUACAUCAUAUGGAUUUGACAUCUGAAUGAGAAAUUAAAAAGGACUGGGAUGUUCAAUGGAACUGAAGCUAAAGAUGGUCUGUAGGCCCAUAUUUCAGUACUGGUUUUAUGGAGUUUUGUUUAGCUUCUGUAUGUGCUGAAUGUCUCUCCUCUUCUCUCAGCCAGACUUCCCCUACAAGGACAACCUGCUCUCCAUGGACUCCAGCUGCCUGCUGCUCUUCGUCCUCGUGUUCUUCACCUUCCUCAUCAUCAUGAAGGUCUCUGGGAAAUAGGCUGUGAUUGAAUGCUGCACUCCAUCCCCCCCCCACCCACCCAGAUUCCCAAGAAUAUGCAAUUUAUUUGAUUUACUGCACCUGUUAGUGUUCAUGUGAGAUUUGAUCUGAUUUACCAAUCCGUGAAAGUACUUUAGUAGACUGAUGAUAGACCUUGACUGACAGGUCUUUAAUAGAUGUGUGAUAGGCCUUCAGAUGCUGAAUCAAGGGUGUUUGAGCUGCGUAUAACAAAAGCCUGCACACACUGUGGCUCUCUAGGACCAGGAUUGAGCAUCACUGGCUCAGGUAGAAGGACUAAACAUUUUGACCACUUUCACCCCAGGCUUACCUGAUCAACUGCGUGUGGAAUUGCUACAAGUACAUCAACAACAGGAACGUGCCGGACAUCGCCAUCUACCCCGCCUUCACGGCGCCUCCCCAGGUAUGUUUGUGCCUGAAAAGCCCCCUGAAAAGCCCCCUCUCGUAUUACUGGUAAUCAAAUCUGAAGCAUACCUGUCACAUCUUUUAAAGUGUCCGCAAACAGUUUUGGUUUGAUCCUAGCAGAACUCGGCUAGGCGGCGCAAACGUCUGUGCUCGAAUACUCCCUAAAGACUUUCGCUUGAAGAAUGAGAAAAUAUUACGCCAAUAUUACUGUUGUUUAUCCCUCUUGAGCCACCAUAGCAACAACAUAGCCAGAAACACUUCAUCAAAAUAGUCUGAAUUAAUCUAAGAUAAAUCAAGAAAUCUGUAACUAAUUUUGAUGUUUUUUCCGAGGAAGUUGCGCAAUUUUACAUCUAACGAAGAUGUUUGGGGCAGUAUUUCAAGCGAAGCAAUGUGCAUGAAACAAACACUUAAUUGAAGAAUCCUGUCCAUAGUUCAGUCUUCCACUAGGAGUAGUACCAUUCACCGACGAAGGUACCAAACUUGGACUUGCCUCAAGAAAAAAUGUUGUGUGCUCGAACAGCCGACGAAAAACCCUGCCGAACACCAAAACAAACAAAAAAAGUUUUCCACAAGCACAAACAUUUACAUUUAAGUCAUUUAGCAUAUAUUGCCAGCCUAAUAAUAAAAAAAGUUUCCAGCCAGGCUCCCCCGGGUUAAGACAUUUUUGGUGGCCUCUGGUACAUUCUAAUGCUUAAUUGUAUUUUCAACCAGUAACUAUCAGGAAAUAACACUGAUUUAAAAAAAAAUCACACUAUUACAGUGUUAGUUUUAUCAGCUGUUGUACAAUAUGAUAUAAAACACAGGAAACAUUUAAUUUUGACUGCACUGGACAUUUUAAAGAAUCCUGUAGCCCCGUGUAGCUCAGUUGGUAGAGCAUGGCGCUUGCAACGCCAGGGUUGUGGGUUCGAUUCCCACGGGGGGCCAGUAUGAAAAUGUUUGCACUCGCUCUGGAUAAGAGCGUCUGCUAAAUUACUAAAAUGUAAAUGUGAAAAAAUGCUGACUUCCACAGGCUUCAAGCUUCCAUUUAAGAGGUAUUUUGUCAUCUAUCUGCAAUACGGGUAUGAUUGAAGAAUGAAGCAGGUGUCAAACAUUGGCUUUGCUACACAGAAAGCAGCAGUUGACAACUCCAUUGUCAAUAGUUUUAUUAAAUCAAUAGACCUAUAUCAAUAUCUUUGAAAAUAUAUACAGUACCAGUCAAAGGUUUGGACACGCCUGCUCAUUCCAGGGUUUUUCUUUAUUUUUACAAUUAUUUACAUUGUAGAAUAAUAGUGAAGAUGUCAAAACUAUGAAAUAACACAUGGAAUCAUGUAGUAACCCAAAAAAGUGUUAAACAAAUGAAAAUAUAUUUUAUAUUUGAGACUCUUAAAAGUAGCCACCCUUUGCCUUGAUGACAGCUUUGGUAGUCACCUGGAAUACAUUUCAAUUAACAAGUGUGCCUUGUUAAAAGUUAAUUUGUGGAAUUUCUUUCCUUAAUGCAUCAGUUGUGUUGUGACAAGAUAGCUCUAUUUGGUAAAAGACGAAGUCCAUAUUAUGGCAAGAACAGCUCAAAUAAUCAAAGAGAAACAACAGUCCAUCACUUUAAGACAUGAAGGUCAGUCAAUCUGGAACAUUUCAAGAACUUUGAAAGUUUCUUCAAGUGCAGUCGCAAAGUGCUAUGAUGAAACUGGCUCUCAUGAGGACCACCACAGGAAUGGAAGACCCAGAGUUCAUUAGAGUUACCAGCCUCAGAAAUUGUAGCUCAAAUAAUUGCUUCACAGAGUUCAAGUAACAGACACAUCUCAACAUCAACUAUUCAGAGGCGACUGUGUGAAUCAGGCCUUCAUGGUCAAAUUGCUGCAAAGAAACCACUACUAAAGGACACCAAUAAGAAGAGACACGAGCAAUGGAUUUUAGACCGGUGGAAAUCUGUCCUUUGGUCUGGAGUCCAAAUUUGAGAUUUCUGGUUCCAACUGCUGUGUCUUUGUGAGACGCAGUGUAGGUGAACGGAUGAUCUCCGCGUGUGUAGUUCCCACCGUGAAGCAUGGAGGAGGAGGUUUGGGGGUGCUUUGCUGUUGACACUGUCUGUGAUUUAUUUAGAAUUCAAGGCACAAUUAACCAGCAUGGCUACCACAGCAUUCUGCAACGAUAUGCCAUCCCAUCUGGUUUGGGCUUAGUGGGACAAUUAUUUAUUUUUCAACAGGACAAUGACCCAACACACCUCCAGGCUGUGUAAGGGCUAUUUGACCAAGAAGGAGAGUGAUGGAGUGCUGAAUCAGAUGACCUGGCCUCCACAAUCCCCCGACCUCAACCCAAUUUGAGAUGGUUUGGGAUGAGUUGGACCUCAGAGUGAAGGAAAAGCAGCCAACAAGUGCUCAGCAUAUGUGGAAACUCCUUCAAGACUGUUGGAAAAGCGUUCCAGGUGAAGCUGGUUAAGAGAAUGCUAAGAGUGUGCAAAGCUGUCAUCAAGGCAAAGGGUGGCUACUUUGAAGAAUCUCAAAUAUAAAAUAUAUGUUUUGAUUUAACACUUUCUUGGUUAUUACAUGAUUCCAUGUGUUAUUUCAUGUUUUUGAUGUCUUAACUAUUAUUCUACAAAGUGGAAAAUAGUUAAAAUAAAGAAAAACCCUUGAAUGAGUAGGUGUGUCCAAACCUUUGACUGGUACUGUAAGUAUCAUUUAGCUUUUUCUUUAAAUUAAAUCUGUAUUAUUUGAUCAUUUUUGGAACAGAGUGAGGCUCUCUCCACUAGCCUAUCUAUUGUUCCUGCAGUGAAGUGGAUUCACCAUCUUCAUCGAAUGUUUUCAAAAUUAAUCUGCAGAUAAUCGCAAAAAGGCCUACCAGUAUGCAAAUUAGGGAGCCAAAUGAACUGCUCUCUUACCGAUGAAAUUCGGUAGGCUACUGACGAGUCACUCACUUUAACGUCACUGUCUGGCAAGUCCUGAUGGACUUCAUAUCGAAAAUACAAACGAGAUCUUUACUUGUCCCGAUGUGAUACCAUGGACAUGCACUGUGUACAAAACAUUAGGAACUCUUUCCUUGACAGAUUGACCAGGUGAAUCCAGGUGAAAGCUAUGAUCCCGUAUUGAUGUCACCUGUUAUAAAUCCACUUCAAUCAGUGUAGAUGAAGGGGAGGAGACAGGUUAAAGAAGGAUUUUUAAGCCUUGAGACAAUUUUGACAUGGAUUGUGUAUGUGUGCCAUUCAGAGGCUGAAUGGGCAAGACGGAAGAUUUAACGGGGUAUGGUAGUAGGUGCCAGGCGCACCAGUUUGAGUGUGUCAAGAACUGCAACGCUCUUGGGUUUUUAACGCUUAACAAUUUCCUGUGUGUAUCAAGAAUGGUCCACCACCCAAAGGACAUUUGGCCGACUUGACACAACUAUGGGAAACAUUGGAGUCAACAUGGGUCAUUCGACACCUUGUAGAGUCCAUGCCCCGACGAAUUGAGGCUGUUCUGAGGGCAAAAGGGGGUGCAACUCAAUAUUAGGAAGGUGUUCUUAAUGUUUUGCGCACUCGGUGUAUAUCUACGUUUUAUGAUUUAUGAAGGAUAUGAGGUUGACUUUAUUGAGUCAGUUCGACACCUUUUAUAGACUAGUCAAGCUUGCUUUUCGUCAAUCAAAGCACCGUAAAUGGCCUAUGCGCCACCACUCCGUGGCUGCAUAUGAAACUAGGUAGAGUCCAACAUUCACUUUCCCCAGUCGGCCCAGUCAGGCCAGUUGGCCAAAGAUCUACUGGCCCAAACAUAAUUUCUACUGGCCCGGACAUGGUGUAGUUCUUAAAUGCAUUGGGUUCAUGCAGGGCCUAUAGGUUGGCAUGCUUUCUCUCUAUAUUCAGCUAUUAAUAGGCUACAGAUGGUUAUUAUGAUAUGUAUUAAAAACCUGGGUAAUAUAAUUUAGCAAUGCAAGUCAUUACUCUAUUCUUUUAAAAACGGCAUUGUAUUAAUGGCAUCUGUUUUUGUUUCUGAAGUAUGUCAUUUUGUGAAGAUUUCAAAAUAGGACUCUGCCCCUUUAAGACAAACGUUCCUAAAGGGCAAUCGACAUGGCUACAGUAGGUUAGCCGAGACUAAUGCAACUGCUUGAGAUGUUGUGACUCGUGAGAGCGUGGUGGUGCUUGAAUGAGCGGCCAAUCAUAUUGCUCAAAUACAAAUAGCAUGACAUUUUACGUAGUCUUAAAUGGUAGACUGCGACCAAGCAGGUAAAUGUUGAACUGGAAUGCAAAAAUGCGCUGAAAAGUUACUGUCCCUGUCGGGCCUGUGACUGACGAGAUCCACUGGCCCGACACAUAUUGUCUGAAAACAAUGGGCUUGAUUUCGACUCAUCUUUACCACAUUAUAUGGGAUGUGUGAAUUCAUGCUCUCUCCCUCCGUGUAAAGAAAUUUGACUGGAACCACAUCCACACAUCACACACCCAAAGUUACCGAGAGGCAGGACACAUGGAAGACUGUCAAACCAGCAGUGUUUCUCUGUCAUCGCUCACUUUGUGACUGAACAGGCGCCUGUACUAUCAGUAGAUAGCUAGAAAGUGCGUAUUGUUCAUUCUAGGGGAGAGGGCUCGACAGUCUUUUUUUCUGACUAGUGAAUUGAAAAGUAGCCUAGUUAAUUUAUGUGGAAAAUGUAGCCGGCUGAAAAUUAGUCUCAUCUGCUGUAUAGCCGACAAGCGGCACUAGUGGAAAACACUGAAAAACGUCACAAUGUCGUCAUAAUGAAUGCGCAAACUGUUUUCACUGAGAAGCAUGCGACAGGCUUUAGUCAGUUCAAGACAGCGAAGUGGUUACAAGUGUUACUGAUACAGUACACCCAGUGUAGUCUCCUUCCCAAAUUGUUUAAGAGACAGAUGAAUUAUAGCACUAUCAAAUGUCUCAAAUAUGAUUCAUGUCCAUCUCUUUGGUCCUCUCACACUGCGCAGUAGACUAUAUUUAUAAAUGGAUUCAUUGAUUAAUUAAAUGAAUGUAAUGAUUAAUUUAUUCUCCCUCUCUCCUCAGUACAUCCUACCCACCUACGAGAUGGCAAUGAAGAUGCCAGAGAAAGAGCCCCCUCCCCCCUACAUGCCUGCCUGAAGACCCCCCUCCUCUCUGUGUGUGUGGCGAUCCACAGCUCGCCAUUUUGAUCCUGCCAUGCAUUUCUAGAGAGGGAUACUUUUUUUAAAGGCCCAGUGCAGUCAAAAACGUGAUUUUCCUGUUUGUAUAUACAUUUCCACACUGAGGUUGGAAUAAUAUUGUGAAAAUGAUGAUAAUGCCCUUCAAGUUUCAAGUUGUAUG